AUGAAUAAAAGUAGUAUAUUAAAUGAAAGUCCAAAUACAAUAUUGGGUUGGCCAAUAUCGGAAAAAUUACAAGUUUAUUGGUGUUAUUUAAUUCCAACUUUAUCCAGUUGUUUAAUUUAUGUUUUGUAUAUUGCUAGUGAUAUUGUAUUAGUUUAUGAACAUUUUUUAACAGAAAAUCCACAUUUUGCAGCUGCAACAUUAUUCUUUUUAUAUUUACCAGCAAUAUUUUGUUACGUAUUUACAUUAACUAGUAUUGAGCUAUGGCCUCAAAACAAGGACUUUAUUUACUUUGUUGGUUGGAUUGUGAUUAAAACUAUUGAACAUUUAUUGUUUCCUGUGUGGGCUAUGUAUGGGUAUGCAGAACGAUUAUUUUGGUCAAUUGAAGCUGUACGAUUUGAAGAUGAUGAACGUGAAAAAUGUUUAUGGAAUACAAUAAAAACACGUCCAAUCGAAUUAUACUUUUUCUUUCAAGCAUACUUACAAGCUGCACCACAACUGUUAUUACAAAUUAAUAUUUUAUUAAAUACAGAUGGUUAUAAAGCUAGUGAAACGUUAACAGCACAAUUAUUAAGUAUUAUAAUGUCAUUAUUUACGAUGGCAAAAAUUACCAUGACAUAUCAACAUUAUGAAAGUCAAAAGUUAUUAGGAAGACGAUAUCCUUGGAGUCGAAAACGUGGAACGUAUUUUAUUAAUGAAAAAGUAUAUGAUAAUGUACAACAAAUGAAUCUAGAUCAAUAUUUAUUUGAACCAACUGAAGAGAGUACAUAUUUUAUGCCACUUGAUCCAGAAGACCGUCCAGACGCCGUUUAUGAAGAAAUUGUCACAUACGAUCAUGAACCAAAACGGAUUGAAAUUAAAGCACUAGUUCAUUUACAAGCACCUUCAACCAGCACCAGUGACGAUGAUAAUGACUACAUGGAUUUACCCGAAUCCGAUAAACAAAUGUAUCAAAAUCGUGCAAUUCGAUCGAAUUCAUUCUCUUACACAAGUGGUGAAUCUUUAAAGAACCAAUUAGACGAUAUCCCCGAAGAUGAGGAAUCAGAAACAGUCGUAUCUGUACGUAGUCAUGAUUCCAAUAAUUCAAUAACAUUUCGUCAAAUAUCAAGUGCAACAUCGCCACCAGAUUAUCCAGCACCAGCUCGACCUGACGAAGUUUCGGUAUCAAGUACAAAUUUUAGUGAACGCGAUUUAAAUCGUAAUAUUGAUGAAUCAACACUACCAAAACGUAAAUUCCCCCAACAAGCACGUGGUCAAGAUGAUGUUAUUGGUAAAACUGUUUUAUUUAUAAUGUGGCUAUGUUUUAUAACUGCACGUAUUUUAUCGAUUUCAGUAUUUGCUGUAUUUUUUACAAACUUGACAGUAUAUUUUAUUUUAAUACAUUUUUCUGUAAUAUUAGGCAUAUUAAUAUUUUGGACUAAAACACGUGAUAUCAAUCGUAUUAUACAAUUUAUAUUUUUAAGGUACUUACCGCUUACUUACCUACGUAUUAUACUGAUUACUCUCUUAAAACCGUUACAAGGUGAUCCUUUAUAUUUGACUACCAUUGUGAACAAGCCGUUUAUGUAA